UUCAAUUUCAAGGUGACAGUUACCUUCCUUCAACUACUAAAAUCUUCUACCUCACCCCACCACACCACCAUUCUUCACACGCACAAAACACGCAGUUUCUUCCAUAUAAUCUGCUACUUUUGAUACCCAUCAAAAAUUUUCUUCAGAUCUUUUGCAUCAGCAUAACAUUUGUAUCUGCUAAUUUAAUUAAGAAAAGAUAUAGCUAAGUUUUCUGAAGUGAUGGCGGAGGAGGAAGCCAAGAAAGUGGGGCCUGAGGAGUGUUCAGAGCCUCCACCAGCUCCGGCGGCCGAACCUCCGAAGGAUGUGGCCGAGGGAAAAGCCGUAACUCCGCCACCCCUUCCUCCAUGUGAAGAGAAACCAGAUGAUACCAAAGCUCUUGCCAUAGUUGAAAAACCAGAACCCGCUGUGGAGAAAAAAUCCGGGGGCUCUAUCGAUAGAGAUGCAGUGCUUGCUCGUGUAGCAACUGAGAAAAGGUUGUCGUUAAUCAAAGCAUGGGAAGAAAGUGAGAAAUCAAAAGCUGAAAACAAAGCUCAGAAAAAGCUAUCUUCCAUUGAGGCUUGGGAGAACAGCAAGAAAGCAAGUCUAGAGGCUGAGCUUAAAAAGAUUGAGGAGGAACUUGAGAAAAAGAAAGCAGAAUACGUGGAGAAAAUGAAAAACAAGGUUGCUCUGGUUCACAAAGCAGCCGAAGAAAAGAGAGCGAUUAUUGAAGCCAAACGCGGGGAAGAUCUUCUCAAGGCAGAAGAAAUGGCAGCAAAGUAUCGUGCCACAGGAACUGCUCCGAAGAAACUUCUUGGGUGUUUUUGAAGCUGAAAUUAUCUGCUAUUAUAUUUUAAUUUUGUGUCGCAUUUGUAAAUUAUCAAUUUGGAGCAUAAUAUAUCGCUUAAAUGUAUUGUGUGUAGAAUUGAUUAUUGUUCAUUAUCAUGUGUGAAACAUUGAUGUAUUUGUUUGUAGAUACAUCCAAAGAAAGAAUUACUGUUUGUGAUAAAUAUGUUUGUG